ACAUCAGCUGUUUCAAUCAGGUUCACUGCUAGCUGCUGAUGCUAAGCUAUCAAACAGGUUGCUCAGCCUUGGUAGACAGGCUCACUGUUUGUGGAUUAUACGAGCUGCAGACAGACAGAGACAACACAUGGACGACCGAGUGAGCAUGCGGACAUGUGACUGCCUGUAGGAAAACAAACAAAAAAAAACCCCUGAAAAUGGACAAGGUAUCUGACGAAAGUAGCGGGUGUAUUUCAGGCUAAUGCAUGCAGCUAAACGAGAGCAAGCUGUCAUCUGCUGUCCAGUCUUUGGACUACAAACAUCAGAGGAGACAGAGGAAGGAGUCUGCUGAGCCACACACAGCCUCAUCACCAGCCUUUAUCUUACCUAAUCCAUACCUGUCUGACCAGAGUUUGAGAGGGUCAGGUAUGAGCCCAAAGCAGAAUCCAUCAAAUACAAAUGGCGUGCCAGCAGCAAAAGGUGGAAAUGCAUCAAGGUGUCAUGGCUACAGCAGCAGUCGACCUGUCAGAGAGACCGGUAAUGAUUUCCGGACCGCACGGGAUCCACAAGCAAAGACAUCUAAAAGCAACUAUGACUCUCCUGCUCAAAGCAGAGUUAUGGGAAAGAGCUCGCUGGAUGCACAGAGGAAAGGUUUUAGAGGUGCCAGAUCUGCCCCGAAUUCUGCAGGGAAGUCAAAACCAGCACAGACAGACUCGACCCCGUUUGAAGUGAAGAUGACUGACUUCCCAGAGUUGGCUGGUGUUUCUCUGGGCAAAGCAGGCCCUUGUCCUCUCGUUCAGAGAGAGUGCUGGGGUCCAACUCCUCCAUCCACGAGCCCCCUAACGCAAGCGUCAGCAUUUUCCUGGAAGUCUGCCAGAAGAGCAUCCCCAACACACCCUGACCCAAAACAAGUUGCCACUAACCACAAGCCAGAAUCCUCUGCUGCUUCACCAGAUCAGAUGGUGGUGACUUCAUGGGCUAAUGUUGCCUCUCAGCCUCCAAAGAAACAUGUCCCUAAAGAGAAGACAAUCAGCGGCAACCACAUGCAGACAGAGGAAGUUGCUACACAGCAGGAAGAUGGAGCAGCAGGGAAGAAAAAACGGAAGAAAAAGAAGAAGAAGGUUAAAGGUGAAGAUGCAGAAGCUGAGUCAGAAGAAGCAGUUAUUUAUCAGAAGCCUCCAAAAUUUGAGGAUGAAGAGGAGUUUCCAGGCUUGACUCUUUCUUUGACUGGGAUUGACAGAUUGAUAACAAGCAGCAGUGCAGCAAAACUAUGCAGUGAGGAAAACCAAAAGGAAAGUGUUCAGCAUCAGUCUGCUGACCAAACCAAAGAAAAAUCACCUGCAGCAAAAACUCAGCCCACAGAACUGACUAAAAAAGGACAGAAAGCUGAAAAGGUGUCUGGGAAGAAGAGCAAAGUUCCUGUUCAGCUGGACAUUGGAAACAUGUUGGCGGCCCUAGAAAAGAAGCAACAGUUUCAAAAAGACAAACAGGAUACCAAGCCAGUCAUUCUCUCAGUUGGUGGAGGACUACCUGUUGUCCAGAAGCAACCAUUAGUCCAAAAGAAGCUUCAUUGGCAGCAGGCUAAAAUUGCUCACAACCCCUUGGACUCUACCAGCCCUUUGGUGAAAAAAGGGAAACAGAGAGAGGUGCCCAAAGCCAAGAAACCCACUCCUCUCAAGAAGGUCAUUUUGAAAGAAAGGGAGGAGAGGAAACAAAGACGUUUGCUGGAGGAGAGAGGACUGCUGCCUGAAAAUGAGUGUGAAACCGCCAAUGAUGCUGCAGAAGAAGAGCAAGAGCAGUGUGACACAAAUGCUACAGAUGACGCUGGGAGUCUUACAGAGGAACUUGAUGAUCAGUCAGAGAUUAAUGUCACAAAUCAGAUGGUGAAAGAGGUUGACGAAGAAACUGACAAAGACGAGACAGCAGACCAACAAACCUCUUCACCUGUAACCUGCCCAGCCAGUCGACCCAAAAUCCACAGCAGAAAGUUCAGAGACUAUUGCAGCCAGAUGCUGAGCAAAGACGUGGAUGAGUGUGUAACGUCUCUGCUAAAGGAGCUGGUUCGUUUCCAGGACCGUCUGUACCAGAAGGACCCCAUGAAAGCCCGCAUGAAGAGACGGAUCGUGAUGGGACUCAGAGAGGUCCUGAAACACCUCAAACUCAGGAAGGUCAAGUGUGUCGUCAUCUCACCCAACUGUGAACGCAUCCAGUCCAAAGGAGGCCUGGAUGAGGCUCUCUACACCAUCAUCGACACUUGUCGUGAACAGGGGGUGCCAUUCGUUUUUGCUCUCUCCAGGAAAGCUUUGGGUCGCUGCGUCAACAAGGCAGUGCCUGUGAGCCUGGUGGGCAUCUUCAACUACGAUGGUGCACAGGACUACUAUCAUAAAAUGAUCGAGUUGUCGUCUGAGGCCAGGACAGCUUAUGAGGUGAUGGUGUCCAGCCUGGAGCAGACAGGUCAGGCAGAGGUGGAGCAGGUGGCGAACACUGAGGAAGAGUUGCAGAUCAGCAGUCUGGCUGAGGAGGCUGAGCGUUGUCCUGACACCACACCGGCGGAGGAACCAGAGUACAUAAAAAUUUGGAAGAAAAUGUUGGACAAGGAAUGCAACCACAAAUUUCUGAACUUUGAGGAGCAGCUGAGCCUCAUGUGCUUGGAAAGUGACUGUACUGAAAACACUGAAGAUGAGAAGAGUUGACAGUGGAAAAGCCUUCUGUGCCUAAAAGAAAAAUGAAACCUGCUCGUACUGAUCGUAAGUCCAUUCUAGAAGAAACUAGGAUGGACUUAAUCCCACAUGCAGAGGAGGAGCAAUGCAAGGUGCUCUGCUGCUUGAGGUUGUCAACCUGGAGCUUUGUCAGGAAAUUAAUCGUGUUGCUAAUAUUUGCAAUGAAUCAAUAAUUUCUUUCUCUGCUUUGUGAAAUGCUAAAAUCAUAUUUUUGUGCUUGAGCUGAAGAUAAUGUUGCAAAGCAGUGUAUUUUUAAGAGUGUGUGUGUGUGGAUUAUAAAGAGACGUUAAACACUCACUAGGACCAAACCAGUCACUUGAAGAGAUCCCACAAUAUGAAUAUGAAUGAAAAUGUCUGUGAACAUGCUUAGAGGAUGUGUAGGGGUUUAAAUACUGACUGUGUGUGGAAUAUCAACCAGUCAUACAGUACUGAGAACUUAUCAGUGAUGUUUUGGCAUUGUUUUUGACUUGGAGCUAUUAUGGCUCAUUAGUGUUUUUCUCUUCUCGGUUAGGUUCAGUUUCAAACAUAUUUUUAUCAUUUUUGCCUUUAGAUAAUUGGAACAUUAGAGAAAUGAAGGGAGGAGUAGAAAGGAGAGAAAGCACCCCAGCCAAAAUCAAACUACGCGCAUUGCAGUUACAUGAUUAGUGUCUUAUAUGGGUGCAAACAAGUGGCACUAAGAUUGUGAAAUAAUUGUUUCACAGGUUUUCAAAGGGUGAUACACAACCAGACUUUUGAAUUAUUUCUUAACAUAAUUUCACAAGCUGAGAAUCAUCUUGACCUUAAUUUGAACCCACAGUCUUUAACCCCUGUGCCACCAUGACAAACCUAGGUUCAGUUUAGAGCUAGAAAAUAAGCUAUGCUCUUACUUUGCGUAAGAGAUGAAAUAAUUUUUGCAUGACAAGUCAGAACUUUUUUUUCUUAAUCCUAAUUGCACUACAUGGUAGACCCUGUGUUAUUUGUUAUUUGUGUCAGACUACCAAAGUACACUAAUGUAGUACUACCUGUGAUUAGGUGUAAAUGGUAGCAUUUGAUUUUAUUGUAACAGGAAAAAACAGCAAAAUAAUGUUAGGAAACAUUACCAGCUGCUAAAAAGUUGUUCAGUGAGUGUUUAGGGGGCAUUCGGAUAUUGAAAGAAGCCAUAAAUGACAAAACAGACAUUUCUGUUGUAGAAAUGUGGUGUAAUGUCAGAUGUGGUAUGUUUCAAGUCUUUGGUUAAGUGCAUAAAAAGAUUCUCAGUGAGUCUAAAUGUUAGUAGUAGUAGUUGGUAUGGGAUUGGGUUCAUGUAAAAGUCUAAGCUGCGUAUUGAUCUCUUAGCAAAAUAUUUUGUUUGGGAAAUAUGUUUAUUUGCUCUCUGGUGGUGAGUUAGAUGAGAAGACGACACUACUCUCAUUUUGGUGUUAAAUAUAAGGCAAUAGCAGCUUUCUAUUUUUUUUGCUAAGCCUUACUUUUACUGCGCAUAAAUGUGAUGGAUAUUGAUUCUCUCAUUUAAUUUUCCACCACAAAGCGAAUGAGUGUAUUCCCAAGAUAUUUUAUUAAAUUGAAGAUCCUUUAAAAGCUUGACUAAAAAGCAGUUCACUUAAUUAUGUGGUAGGGAGAGACCAAACUGUGAAACAAUAGGAAUUUAAAACUGCCUGAUGAAAGGCCUAAUGUUUUUGAUUUUUUGA